AUAUAAAAAACAAUGUGUGCUGCUACAAAUACAAGAUCUUGACAUCAAGAGGAAUAUAUUUUUUAAUACAAAGGAAAAUGGCUUGUGAUUUACUUAUUUGGGGAUUAUUAAUGUUUGGAUGCAGCAUACAAGUAUUAGUUGCAUCUGAAGAUGAUCCAUUAGAAUAUAUGAGCAAGGAAGAACGGGAAGCAUUAAAAGAAGAAGCCAGAGAUAUGUUUUGUCAUGCAUAUAAUGCUUAUAUGGAUAAUGCAUAUCCUGCUGAUGAAUUAAUGCCAUUAAGUUGUAAAGGAAGGUACAGAGGAUCAGAACCAAACAGGGGUGACAUAGAUUCUACAUUGGGAAAUUUUUCUCUCACAUUGGUUGAUACAUUGGAUACACUUGUAGUAUUAGGAGAUUUAGAGGAAUUUGAACAUGCGGUUAAACUUGUUGUCAGAGAUGUUAGCUUUGAUACCGAUGUUAUUGUUUCUCUAUUUGAAACUAAUAUUAGAAUGCUUGGGGGUCUUUUAAGUGGUCACAUACUAGCAGAAUAUUUACAACAAAGAGCUGAUAUAAUGCCAUGGUAUAGGGGUGAACUUUUAAAUUUAGCCAAAGAUUUAGGAUACAGAUUUUUACCUGCAUUUAACACAACUACAGGAAUACCAUAUGGCAGAAUAAAUUUAAAAUAUGGUAUGAAAGGUGUACCUUUGGAAGCAUCAAGAGAAACGUGUACUGCUUGUGCAGGUAGCAUGAUUUUAGAAAUGGCAGCAUUAUCACGGUUAACAGGAGAAUCAGUUUUUGAGGAAAAAGCACAAAAAGCAAUGGACAUUUUAUGGAGAAUGCGUCAUCGUGGUACGGAUUUAAUGGGGUCUGUGUUAAAUGUACAUUCUGGUGAUUGGGUAAGAAGAGAUUCUGGGGUAGGAGCAGGUAUAGACUCCUAUUAUGAAUAUUGUCUUAAGGCAUACAUUUUAUUAGGUGAUGAAAAGUAUCUUGGUCGAUUUAAUAAACAUUAUCAAGCAGUAAUGAAAUAUGUAAGCCAAGGACCAAUGUUAUUAGAUGUACAUAUGCACAGACCAAAUACAAAUGCAAAAAAUUUUAUGGAUGCUUUGUUAGCUUUUUGGCCUGGUUUGCAGGUACUAAAAGGUGAUAUUAAACCAGCUGUAGAAACGCACGAAAUGUUGUAUCAAGUUAUGCAGAGACAUAAUUUUAUACCAGAAGCAUUUACUACUGAUUUUCAGGUACACUGGGGGCAUCAUCCAUUAAGGCCAGAAUUUUUAGAAUCAACGUACUUCCUGUAUCGUGCUACUGGUGAUCAUUAUUAUUUAGGAGUUGGGCGGAAGGUACUCAAAAGUCUGCAAACUUAUGCCAGAGUACCAUGUGGUUAUGCAGCUGUAUCAGAUGUUAGAACUAAUAAGCAUGAUGAUACAAUGGAUAGUUUUGUAUUAUCAGAAACUUUUAAAUACUUAUUUCUGUUAUUUGCGGAGCCAGGCGAACUACUUUUAGAUUUGGAUGAAUUUAUUUUUACAACUGAGGGACAUCUAUUACCAUUAACACUUGCUUCUAUAACGACUAACGUUUCUUUGCAAGAUUUUGAACGAGAUAUCGUACAUGUGGAUGAAAUGGAUCGUACUUGUCCUAAUAGUCUGCACUUAUUUCCUGCAUCGGUAAGACAAUCUUUGAGGAACAUGGUUGAAGAUGUAUAUCCGAGACGCGCAAUAAAAAGAAGAUUAAGUGCUGCACAAUUCCAGGCAAAUAAUUUGGAACAUUUAAAAUUGUUGAGUGAUAUGGGAAUAAUGACUUUAACUUUGGCAAAUGGACGAGUUCAACUAUUGCAUACAUUUUCUAAUGCAAAAACACCACAGGAUUUAGAAGAAGGUUUAUUAUUUAUGCAAGAAAUGGUUGAAAUAAGUAAAAUGCAAUCUCAACAAUCUGAAGUUAAACCACAAGCUGUCUCAUUUGUGAAACCAAAUACAAAUCCACCUCAGGUAGUUACAUUAUUAGCUGGACCGGCACAAUUUGGGUUAGAAUUGAAAGGAUUAGAGAAAAUAACCGGUAAAGUUGUUUUUACAUUACCAUCUACCGCAUGUACUGAUCUCCAUGACACAGAUGUACUUACUGGAAAUAUAGCAAUAAUGGGUCGGGGUAACUGCAUGUUUAUAGAGAAGGCAAGACGAAUUCAAAAAGCAGGUGCUGUGGCUGGAAUAGUGUUGGAUAAUGUUGAUGGUUCUAGUGCCACAACUUCACCUAUAUUUGCAAUGUCAGGAGAUGGAAAAGAAGUGGAUGAUGUAACUAUUCCAGUUGUAUUUUUGUUUAGUGUGGAGGCUUCUGAACUAUUAAAAGCAAUUGCCAAGGCAAAUGGUGAUCUUACAGUUACUAUUGGAAAUUUUUUUUCAAAAGAUAAUGCACAACUAAAGGCACCUACUGAUUUAUCAGUGUUUGAACGGUUAAAGGGAACAUUAAAAUCUUUUCUUACGCGACAAAUGACACCACAGACAUCUCCAAGCAGCGGAACAAAUUUGGAUAUGGUUCCUGAGAUUAAAUAUGAAGAAGGCGAAAAGGACAUAGUUGUUGCUUAUGAUCUACGUGCUGAAAUUAUCAAAGAUCCACUUGGCGGAACAGUAAGAAUCACAUCGACGUACAUAUCUUUUUCACCUACGGAAGUAACGGAGGCCAACACGUUAAUAGAAAAACAGUGGCGACAGCUGAAAGAAGUUUUUGUGAAUCACAUACGCUUAGAUGUUAAUCAAAAAACAGGCUUACAAUUUAGAAGUUUUAUAUUAGAAAGUUAUUAUAAUUGGAUAGUAAAGUCACGAGGUGGAGAUAGUAAUGUAUUAAAAGUACCUUUACGAGAUAAAGUUACGUGGUUUUUAGAAGAAUUAGCUGAAGUUGUACCAAAUCCGUCCAUUAUGAAAAUGGACCAAUUAAUGGAUUAUAAUAAACAAAAAUUGUUAAAACAAUAUUUAUUAACAAAAAUGGAUAUUAUGGUUUUAAAUAUGAAAACGGUCACAACAAUAUUAAAAACAAUGCGACCAGAAAGUUCAAAUACUGAACAGUUGUUCAAGAUUUUCGAAAUUAAUUUCACGCAAGCUGGUAAUUAUAAGUUUUUAACACAAUUGUUACCAGGUAUUUUUGACAUGGAAGACGAAAUUAUUAGUGAGCACCUUGCCCUAUUAGAGCAUAUUAAUAAAGCCGUGCAUAAGAAAUACAGUGAAAUUUUAGCUGAUGGAGCACAAGAAAAUUUAGAAAAAUUAAUACUAGAUAAAAAUUCUUAUUAUUAUACAGUAAUUGAUAAUUGGCAGAAAGAUUUGAAAAAUUUUGAAAAAUUAGGUGUAUCAAAGAAAGCUAAAGAGCAAGAUUCUACUAUUACAGAAUUUAUGAUAGAUAAUAAUGAAAGUAGUAAAACAGAAAUAAAAUCUAAAGAUAUUUCUAAAAUGUCUAAAAGAAAUGAAGAUGUCAAUGUAGGAAAAUUUGAAGAUUUCAAAUACUUUAUAUUAACAGAAAUAGAAAAAGUUGUGAAAAAUUCAGAACAAGAUAAUAUUCGAAAAUAUCAAGAACAUGUUGAUACUUCAAGAGAUGCAUUAGAUAACACGAGUAAAGAAGCUAUUAAUUUAAAUAAAAUAAUUUUAAAUAUUUCUUCUCAAAAUCAAAGUAAAACUGAUACAUUAAAAAAUAAAAUAAAAUAUCAAAUUGAAUUUAUAAAAAAUAAUAUUGAAGAUUUAACGAAAAAUAUAGAUUCUUUGGUAGAUUUUACUAAAAUUACAAAUUCUUUAGAAGAUGUGCAAUCAAAUAAUAUAGAAUUUCAAGAAACAACUAUUAAUAAUAAUAGUGCUGACAAAGAAGCACACAAAGAAUCCUUGUUAAAUGAUGAUUUCCAAGUAACAGAUACACAAGCAAGUUCUUCAAAUACAGAAACACUUGAAAAAGAUAGAAGUAAAAUGUUACAAAAAAUUGAAAAAGCUGAUUCGCAAUAUAGUCAGAAAAGUAAUCUGAAUAUUGAUCGUUUUACUCAUUUAAAUACGAAUAAUUAUAAAAUUAUAUCAUCUAAGCUACCCAAAGAAUAUAAAAAUCAAAUAUUGAUACCUAAAACAGAAGAGAAUACAAAUUCUGUUAAUAUUAAAAAAAAACUAGAAUUCAAUUCAUAUUAUAAUCUGGUAGAUGAAAGUAAACUGCAAAGUAGUCAAAAAUAUAUAAAUGAAGUUAAAAAUAAGAAAGUCGAUGUACAGAAACAUAAGAGCAAACAUAUCGACGAUGAAUUAUAAUAUUAAAGUAACACUGAACAGAUUUCUAAAUGCAACAAGCCUGGCAAUCCUAUUCACAUUGCAUUUGAUAUUUUUGCACUAAAUUUGAAUGUGUAUGCAGUGAGCUUUAAUCUUUUUAUAUAUAUGAAACCCAUGUUAGGAAAAGAUUAAUUAUCCAAUAAAAAGAAUGAUAUGAAUGACUGGUCUAU